AUGACGUCCACAGCAUCGACGGGCGCUGUCCCGACCCCCAACGUCACUCCUUCAACGGAGAAUAUCUCUCUUGGACAGCGCAUGAUCUCCGCGACAGCCGGGAACAUCUUGACAGGCUUGCUCGUCACUCCCUUGGACGUUGUACGAGUACGGCUUCAAUCGCAAUCGAACACCUCUGCCGCUCCAUAUACCACACAUACGACUCAGACGUUAAAGAACCUUCCACCGAACCUCGGGAUUACGGCGUGUUGCCGAGAAGUGUUCUGGGUAGGAGACAAUGCGCAAAUCUGCAUGUUUGGGCCACAAGAAGGUGUACUUCGGAGUCAGGCGCACCCUGCCAUUGAUUGUGCGGUGGAAGAGACGCAGCGACGGACUUUCACUUCGACCUUUGAUGGACUCCGCAAGAUCGCCCGGAAUGAGGGCAUUUGGACCCUGUGGCGCGGACUUAGUCCGACCUUGAUGAUGGGUAUUCCGGCGAAUAUUAUCUAUUUUGCUGGAUACGACUGGCUGCGGUCGGAUGAUCGCAGCCCCAUCAAGCAGAAUGUGUCAGAUGUAUAUGCCCCCUUCGUGGCGGGCGCCAUAGCUCGCACGGCGGCCGCAUCGGCCACAAGUCCGGUGGAGAUGUUCCGGACAAGACUGCAAGCCACUCCCGGCCAUGGUGCGGGUCACUUCAAGGCUACUUUGGAAGGCCUGUAUCAAAUGACCCAGGCCAGCGGCUAUACCUCCCUAUGGCGAGGACUGUCGCUCACCAUGUGGCGCGACGUGCCUUUCUCCGGUCUAUACUGGUGGGGCUACGAGAAGGCGAAAGAGGCGUUGGAGAAUACGCGACAGCAUGCGCCGCAUCGAUCUGGCUCAGAGAUGGAGCCACCAUCCACUUCAACAGCCUUCUUCGAGAGCUUUAUCGCCGGUGCGACCUCUGGAUCGGUGGCAGCGUUCGUCACAACGCCUUUUGAUGUGGGCAAGACGAGGCAGCAGGUCUUCCGACACAUAGAUGACGGUGUCCCGUCAAGUGGUGGCCAACGUCCAUCUCUCCCUCCCAAGGCCCUUGCCCCUGAGCAGCUUUCCCUUCCCAAGUUCCUCAUGCACAUCCUCCGAGAGGAAGGCAUGGCUGGUCUGUUCAAGGGCUGGGGAGCGCGCUGCCUUAAGGUUGCCCCAGCCUGCGCCAUUAUGAUCUCGACCUAUGAGCUGGGCAAGCGCAUGGCCCAAGAGGUGAACGAGCGCCGACAUUCUGAAAGCGGAUAA